GGCCGUAAUCUCUAUGGUGUUUUGGUUCCGAAGAGGAAGUUGCGAGAGAAAAGAAAGGAGGAGAGGAGACGUGAUCGGGGUUGUUGAGAUAAUUUCUCGGUCCAGCAAAACGAAAUUAAACAGUUGACGAUAAUUAACGGGCCAUAUCGUUGGAGAACAGUAUAUAGUGGAAUCAUCAGCUGACUCCCAGCCGGCAAACCACGGGACAGUGCAGCGUGUGUGUGAGUGAGUGACACGGAGUGGGGUGAUUGACACAGGUCAUGGCCAAUCGGGGAGGAGCAACACGCCCCAAUGGGCCCAACGCCGGCAACAAGAUCUGCCAGUUCAAGCUGGUGCUACUGGGGGAGUCUGCCGUGGGCAAGUCCAGUCUGGUCCUGCGCUUUGUCAAAGGCCAGUUCCACGAGUUCCAGGAGAGCACAAUAGGAGCUGCUUUUUUGACCCAAACGGUGUGUCUGGACGACACAACGGUGAAGUUUGAGAUCUGGGACACAGCAGGACAAGAGAGAUACCACAGCCUGGCUCCCAUGUACUACAGAGGAGCCCAGGCUGCCAUCGUAGUCUACGACAUCACCAACGAGGAGUCUUUUGCUCGAGCGAAGAACUGGGUGAAGGAGCUUCAGAGACAGGCCAGUCCCAACAUAGUCAUCGCACUGUCUGGUAACAAGGCUGACCUUGCCAACAAGAGAGCUGUCGACUUCCAGGAUGCGCAGUCCUAUGCAGAUGAUAAUAGUCUACUCUUCAUGGAGACGUCGGCAAAGACAUCCAUGAACGUGAACGAAAUCUUCAUGGCAAUAGCGAAAAGGUUGCCCAAGAGCGAGCCUCAAGCAGCUGGUCCUAACAGUGGGCGAAGUCGGGGGGUGGACCUGACGGAGACCGCCACCCCCACCAAGGCCCCCUGCUGCAGUAACUAAGGCAACGCCCUGUUCCAGCGCUGUGAUUCGUCAGUCACUAUUGAGACGCCCCUCCCCCUCCCAAAACUAUUUGAUCUGCAGUAACACACAAAGCUAAGCUCCACCCCCUUUCGUCUCGUCUCUUCUCUGCAGUUGCUAACACAAAGCCCCGCCCUUCAGACAGGAAGUGACUAAUUACAAGCUCCGCCUCCAAAACGGUCUGGUCCAAUGGAGCGCCUCUAACUCAGCUGUCACUAAUCCC